AUGCCAUUGAACAUCCCAUACCCGGUUCCCGUCGGGGGAGGACACAGCGGCGGCGGCAGCUACGAGAAGGACCGCGUGAUCGUCAUCAAUGACGGCGACGGGGGCAACGGCGGCAGCGGCAAUGGCAAUAGUGAACUGCCUGAUAUUGCCCCUCCUUUCCUCAUCCCUGCCAUUCCUCAUCCCUGCCAUUCCUCAUCCCUGCCAUUCCUCAUCCCUGCCAUUCCUCAUCCCUGCCAUUCCUCAUCCCUGCCAUUCCUCACCUUGUCCACACCUAUUCCCCUGAAUGACCACACUCUCCCCAUACCCGUUCCACCCCCUUCCACACCGCUAUAUAUGUUAUACUAUACCCCGUCCCCGUUGGAAGAGGAGAUGGCGACGGUGGCGGCGGUGGCGGCGGUGCGAGGGACAGUGUCAUCGUCAUCAAUGACGGCUCCGGCGGCGGUGGCGACAGAAACGAGAGCAAAUAGACAGGGAGAGGAGAUGGCGACGGUGGCGGCGGUGGCGGCGGUGCGAGGGACAGUGUCAUCGUCAUCAAUGACGGCUCCGGCGGCGGUGGCGACAGAAACGAGAGCAAAUAGACAGGGAGUCCUCAAGGCAACUAGUGGUUCUAACUGCACCUUCAUCAUGAAGUUCGCUCUCCUCUCCCUCGUCGUGUUAAGUGUGUUGGCGACCCACACAUGGGCGAAGCCAGCUCCAAACCCAGGCGCAGACCCACAACGAUUCAGAGGUUCGUCAAGCAGUAGCGGAGGUGGUUGCGGCCAUAGCUGCGGCUCCUCUAGCUCCGGUGGAGGCUUCGCGAGGAUUCGCCUCCGCCCGAGGUUCAGGCGGAUUAGAGGAGCGAUGCAGAACAAGAAGGUCGUGAAACGGAUCGUGCCCAUCUACUACACGAGGCCCAUCUUCGUGCCCAUCUCCAAGCCAUUCCCCAUCUAUCGGCCGAUGCCAUUGAACGUCCCAUACCCCGUCCCCGUUGGAGGAGGAGGUGGCGGCGGUGGCGGCGGUGCGAGGGACAGUGUCAUCGUCAUCAAUGACGGCUCCGGCGGCGGUGGCGACAUCCUCAAGGCAACAAGUGUUUCUACCUGGACCUUCAUCAUGAAGUUCGCUCUCCUCUCCCUCGUCGUGUUAGGUGUGUUGGCGACACACGCAUGGGCUGAGCCAGACGCAGACCCAGACCCAGACCCAGGCAGAAAUAGAGGUGUGUCGAGCAGUAGCGGAGGUGGAUGCGGCCAUAGUUGCGGCUCCUCCAGCUCCAGUGGAGGCUUCGCGAGGAUCCGCCUCAAUCCAAGAUUUAGGCGGGUUAAAGGAGCGAUGCAGAACAAGAAGGUCGUGAAACGGAUCGUGCCCAUCUACUACACGAGGCCCAUCUUCGUGCCCAUCUCCAAGCCAUUCCCCAUCUAUCGGCCGAUGCCAUUGAACGUCCCAUACCCUGUUCCCGUUGGGGGAGGAUACAGUGGCGGCGGCGGUGGCGGUGAGAGGGACAGUGUCAUCGUCAUCAAUGACGGCUCCGGCGGCGGCGGCGACAGUAACGAGAGUAGCCCAAGGAGUGACCCAAGGUGACCCAAUGCAAGUGAACCUCACUUACAUUAAUUUUAUUGUUACCGCCCGAGUAUUUUUUCCUCGUGAAAAGGUUUUUUUUGUUUUGCCAAUUUGGUCAUCCUGAAUGAACCGAC